UGACGAUUACCAAAUCAUCGUUCUGCAAACAAAAGUAAAUUUUAAAAGAGGAACAUAAGUACGAUGAAAAAAUAUCAAAUAAUUUUUUAAUAAUUGAAAGAAUUAAAUUGAGAAAAUUAAGUCAAAAUAAUAAUGAUUUAAUUAUUAUUAGAUGAACUGGUAUGUUUAGACCAGAUGGCGCUGAUGAACGCUGCAGUGAAAGAAAUGAAGUGCACGAAAAAGCGCGAAAAACGAAAUGUCAUGAAAUUUUUUUCGAUAUUGGUUAUAAUCAAAGUCAAAAAAGGAGUUUCUUCUUUUCAUAUUCUAAACAGUUCAAGUGUUGCAUAAAAACGAAUUGAAAUUGGGACAUUUUUGCUAGUGUGAUAUUAUCUAAAUUAAUCCUUUUUUGUUCUACAGAUACCAACCAAUAAAUAUGUCAAAGACAGAUGAAGUCAGUGAUUCUAAUUUUACCAAAGAAGCUACCUCUCCGAAAACGAUUGAGUUGAAUUUUAAAUGCGACUUCGAGCCUGAAGAUGAGGUGCUACAUGCUAUUCAAACAAUUUUGAAUGCAAUUUCGUCGGACAGGAAGAAAUUAAAUUCAAUUCAACAUGAACGCGAUUCUCUUUUAUCUCUACUCAGGACUUUUGAAACCGAGCGUUUUUCAGAUGAUUUGUUGACCACGGAAAUGAAAGAGAAUCGUCGAAAAAGGGUGAAAAGGGAGUCUCUGAUGUUCAAUGAAUCAUCAGAUGACCCAGAUAACACAAAUGCUGAUUUGAAUGCUGCAUUUCGAUCAUCUAUAUCUGAGAGUCCACCCAGGAAGAAGCAACAAGAUAGCCAAGAUGAGGUGAUCGAACCAACACAAUUUAGUCCAGUUAAAUCCAAAAAAAUCUUGCAGGAACUUUAUCUGGAAAAUGAUGUUUGCAAAACAACGAAAAGAGAAUCAACGUCUUUGGUCACGAAAGAAAGUAGCCCAACAGUGCUAAGCAAACGUUCUAGCAUAAAAACUGCAUUGAACGAAUCGCCUAAAUGGCACUCAAAGGCUCCUAGCAAGAAUAACACACCACGCCGCUUGUUUGAUAGCAGAACGGCUAUAGAUGCAAAUUCAUCAACACCGCAAUAUCAACAACUAAAUUCUCGAAAAAAACUGGGAUUAAAUUCAUUAUGUUUAAAGCAAUCCACCAUAAAUUUUCCAAAAUGUGAAGAAGAAACAUUUUGUGAAGUCAUGCAACAACCAUCUACAUCAAAAAUAAAAAGAGAACCACAAACUUAUGAUAGUGUGAUUGCUUUAGCAAAAGAUACAAACGAAAUAAUAAUAGUCAAUGAAUCGCAACCCACACAGGAAAUUUAUCAACAUGUUUUAGACAGUGAAGAAGGAUUUAAUGCUCAACUUGGUCAGAAUUUAUCGAGGAAAAUGAUAAACACUAGGAUUGAGUGUGAAGACUGUAACGAGUAUCAUAGGAAACUUGGACGUGACGUGGAAAAAAAUCCCCCAAGGAAAUUCGGCAUUUGUUCGAAGCAUCAUAGAAAUGUUCAAGUUCUGGAUACGCCACCAGGAUUCUGGAAUCCGAAAAUUAUUGAUUCUGAAAGUGAUGAAGACACUCCAUACGAUUAUCACUUUGGGAAGAAAUGAACUCGAAUUGUUAGAAUGGUACAACAUAUUUAAAUGAAAUUUUAUUGUAAAUAAAACGAAUUACAUGCAUAAUCCAAACUUA